AUGCACAAACAGGAAGGGGAGGCAUCUAUGCCACUCACCCAGUACAUCACUAGUCUGAAACCAAUCAUGCACACUGUCAAGCUUGUUGGUGAGAUGAGAAACCAUUGGUUUUAUUGGGUGGUAGCGGAAAAGGCCAAGAGCCUCAUGGCAUCAAUUAUCAGAGCACUACACGAUCUUCAUGAAGUUAAUAUAUGUCCUGUACAGUUUUAUGCAUCAAACAUUGUCGUGACAUAUUAUGGGAGAGUGAAAAUCAGAGCUGCAUGUUUCAAGAAGACCGUUCCUAUGAUGCGCAAAAACUAUGAGGAUGUCAGCAAUAUUAUUAUGGACACACUGUUUGUUGACUACAAGCUAACUAUUAUCCCCAAAGAUGUUGUUCAUCUACUUUCAUUGAUGAAGUCUCCCAUUGCAACAGGUAUGAAGUAUGUGAUAGGGACGCACGCCUCUCUUAUUCCUCUUGGGAACAGGUUUCAAUUCUAUCUGGAUAUGUGCGACCAUAUUACAUCUGUGGUGGACCCUGAACUUAGGUCAAAUAUUCAUGAAGCUCUAGAUGAUCCCUAUGGUGAGAACUGGUCAGUGUUGCUGAAAUAUAACGUUUUGCUGAAGGAGUCAUUCUACAGAUCCGGGUCGUCAUACAAUACCAAAAAAGGAGCCAUUGAAUUUAUGAGGUUUUAUAGGAACACACUUGCACACAGAAUGGAUAAAUGGAAGAAACCGUUGCAGAAUGUUGGAGAUUUCAGAACAUUGAUAUACACUAAAGAGGAUAUUGAAAUGAUCUUACUGGUUACCUAUCCAAUGAUCCUGCCGAGAAUGCAAGAAGAACUCCAGAAUCAUAAGCGACUGAAGGAUUUGAAUCUUCAUAACCUAAACUUCAAGUAA